AUGCCGUACCUAAGAAGCAACCACUUCAAGGGCACCUGGAGCGAAGGCGGAGCAGAGGAGGUUUCUAUCAUGACCAUGGGGUUGAUGGGGUGUGGGCGGAAAGAGUUGAAUGGGCACAUUGAUCCGCGAAUACCUACGAAAGUAGCGGACAUCAUGGGAGAGGCAAUGACCCUGACAAAGACUCAAGAAGAGGCAGAUGAGUAUGCAUCGAAGCCGCCGACGCCUCCACAGAGCAGUUCGCCCACACCUCGAGUCACCAUCGCGGACUGCCCAGUGAGGCUGCAGCCGCUUUCGGUGCCGCGAAAUUAUGGCGCAGUCGAACGUGACACCAUCUACAGGAGUGGCAAGCCUGCAAAGGAGAAUCUCGACUUUCUCGCGGCAUUGGAUGUCAACACCAUGCUUACAUUGAUCGACCCAUCAGCCGAUGAUAAGAAGAUUGAUGCUGAGGUGUACGACUUCGUGAAGGCACACGGCAUCAAGCAUGAGAACGUGAUCAUCACGCCGAACAAGGACAAAGAUGGGACACGUAUCUCACCUGACAGUCUUUGCGAGGCACUGCUCAUUGUGCUGAAUCCGAUGAAUCACCCUGUGUAUAUCCAUUGCAACCAGGGCCGCCACCGCACUGGUUGCAUUGUUGCGUGCCUGCGCAAGAUCCAGCAAUGGCCAAUCGAAGAGAUCUUGACUGAGUACAACACGUACGCCCACCCGAAGCCUCGCAAAGAGGACCUUGCUUUUAUCAAGGCAUUCGACCCAUCAGUCGUGUACGAGUACGCCAAGGCAAACCAAAUGGUUGGAGCACGCGCCAACUCACAACAUCCCUUCGACAGCGCGCUGGACAUUUGCAAUAUGGCGAGUGGACUCCCCACGCACGAGAUGGCGCAAACGUCGACUAGUCGGUCGAGUAGCUCGGACAGCGAUGACUGGCUCGAGAUGGCUCGUGGCCGACACCCACGCAGACGCGACGCCGAUGGGGAUGUGGUCAUGGAGAUGGGUGAACAUGACGCGCAGCUCGACGACCCACAGCACACGACGAAUGCUAUUGGUUUUCGAUAG